GUAAUUAGUUCUGUGAAUCUCUUUAAUGGCGCCUGCGAACGAGGGUCUCAACGAAGACCUGGUCCCUGGCGAGAGUUUCACUCAUUUUCUAGGUACCGAAGACGAUGCUAAUCUUGAUAUGGGCGGCACUGGAAGCUUUAUCUUUCCAGUUGAAAACACUCCUAAGAUGCUCUGUUUUGGGAAACCAUGCAACCAAGGAGAGAAAGCGUUCGGUGCGUACGGGGUGAUCACCCAGAAAUCGGGAAUCACCGCUAGUGACUCUUCUUCGGCUUCAUCUAGCAACCACAGUAGCACUGGUAGCUUCUCCAAGUCUCAAAGCGGAGAAGCAAAUAUAGAACAGAAGAAGCGAAAUGAAUUGGGCAUGGGAUCGGUUCCUGCUCCGGGCUUGGUUUCAGGAGCUUCAUGUGGCAACCGGAAAGCCAACAAAAAGGCUAAAACAGAGAACCCCACCUUGACGGGGCCUGUAAAGGCGAGAAAAGAGAAGAUUGGAGAACGGAUUAUAGCAUUGCAGCAACUUGUUUCUCCUUUUGGAAAGACAGACACGGCUUCCGUUCUUCAUGAAGCGAUGGCAUACAUCAGAUUUCUACAUGACCAAGUUCAGGUUCUGAGUUCUCCGUAUAUGCAGCGACUGCCAUCGUCUGGGCCUGUUCAUGAGGGAAGAGGGAAUAAAAAAGAAGAAGAAGAGGAAAAAUCAAAAUACGAUCUGAGAAGCAGGGGACUGUGCCUGGUGCCAGUUGCAUGCACGGUUCACGUGGCCAACAGUAACGGAGCCGAUUUCUGGUCGUCUGCCAUGGCAUCGAACUCCAGCUCCAAGCAAUGAAUUCUCCUCAGACGUCACAUACAAACUUACAGAGCUAGAGAAAGCAGAAGAACUGAUCGUUCUUG